AACAGUAGCGAGGGGCGGAGUAGACGAGAGUGAAAACAAACUGCUACUUGUUUUCAGGGACCCGGGUUGGAGUGCGGCUUGUGUGAGAGGUUAACGUCAUUUAACUCCUCGGUCCCUUUUAACUUUUUGGAAAGCUUCGGAGAGAAGCUGCAGUGACUUCAACAAUGGAAUCUUCUCAGACAAUCAGCAGUUUUUUCAACACCCUGGCUGAGAUGGGCUUUACAGAUGUGCAGAUUCAGGAAGCCAUACAGGCUGGGCACUUUACUGUACCUGAAGCUACUGACUGGAUGCUUCAGGCUGCAGAUCGCAGAUGUAGACUUGAAAGACCAACACAGCCAGAACAAAGCAAAGCAAUCUCUGCAUUCAAUCCCCCUGUAGACCUUGAAGAUAAUCAUAACACUUUCAAUAAGGAAGCUGAAAAAGGCUCCAAUCAGCCAUCCUCCUUUAUAAAUGUUCCUAUGGCUUCCAGGAGCAGACUGAGUAAAACAGGUUUUGAUGAACAGCAAAGAGAGCGUGCUACUCAGGAUGCGCUGAAUGAGAAGAAAAUGAAGCAGAAGCAACGAGAACUUGCCUUGAAAAGAAUUGCUGAUGAUCGUAAGAUGUUAGAAGAGAAAUUGAAACCUGCCAUUGAGCCUACUGAUAAAGCCAGUAAGCUAGGAGGAAGAAUUCAGACAGCCAUGGAGAACAUAUGUAUCCUGAAUAUUCGUCUGCCGUCUGGGACAUCCAUGCGGGAGCGUUUUCCAGCUGAUGCUCCACUGAAGUGUGUUAUAGAGCACAUUUCUGCGUGUCACCCAUCCCUUUCCAAGUUUUCUUUGAUUCAGGGUUUUCCUAGGAAACACUUUGGUGAAGCAGAACUUUCCUGUUCCUUGCGGGCCUUGGGACUUACACCAAAUGCAGCACUUUGUGUACAAAGUAUUUCUACUAAUCCUUCUAUUGAAAGCAUUUGUUGUGAUGAUCUCCCUAAAGGUGCUUAUAGCCUUUCUCAAGAAGUGACACAAGCCAGUAUACCAGAAGAUAAUAAAAAAGAAACUGUUUCUCAGUCUUCUACUAACAACUACGGUUGGGGCAGAGGAGAAACCUUGGGAGAUGCACGAUCAGUAUUGGAACAUAACCCACAGGAGCAAGAAAAUAUGCCCCCAUUGCCACCAUCUGCAUUACCUGUUUCUUUAUGGAAUGAGGCCAUUGCUAAUGCUGGAUUAGAAGGAAAUUUUCAGCAAUUACCUUUGCAGCCCUAUCACUGGGGUAGAGGUCAGAGACUAGAUGCAGGUGAUGAUCAUUCAAGCUCCAGUGAAGGGCAUCAAUCGGGAGAGGAAAGUGGUGAUGACGACAACCCACUCUUUGCAGGUUUACCUCAGUUGCCAUUUAUCCCAAGAAACCGUCAGCAAGAUUUAAAUGAUCUUCCAUACCAAUGGCCAGAUCAUGGGAACAGACUCAGGGGUGAUGAUGAAAUUGUAGUGGAGAAUGAAGCACAUCCUUCUCAGGGGGCAGAUUUGCAAGAUAUUUUGGCACAUGCAGCUAUGGAGCGUUUACAUCAAGUACCUCAACUCGGUGAAGCACACAGCUGUGAGCUUCCUUCACCCCCUAAGAGAUCUUUCAAGGCUCCCAGUUUACCUUCACUCAGUAAACUGGCCACAAAAGCCACUGUGUAUCUAAUGACAGCUCCAAGCAUGCAGUAUAAUAGUAGUCUGGCAAGACUCACUCCUGAACUGGCAGAACAUCUUCUGACAUAUUUAGCGCGAGAACGUCUUCUCCGCCCACGCACUCUUGAAUACUUUUUUGGUUGUCAGAUACAGAAGUUUGUCCUCAAUUGCUACCCAUAUUCUACCAAUGAACUACUUCGGCAGUUGCGUGCCUUUCAGACGCUGAAGCAUCUAAGUCUUGUCUCCUCACCUCUGCUUACAGAUUCAGGCAUGUCAUUCUUGCCCAGCCUUCAGAAGCUGCAGCAUCUCAACUUAUCAGCUUGCUGCAAGCUGACUGAUAAUUGUCUACAGUAUAUCAAAGGGCUAAGAUUUCUUUCCUACCUUUCAUUGGACAAGACCAAAGUAAGUGAUUGUGGGCUUGUGGUUUAUCUGGAAUCUGCUCCUGCAUCACUUACUCAGCUUAGUCUGAAUUGCACAAAUAUCACAGAAAAGACUUUGGCAGUGCUUCCGUGCAGUGUUCCUCAGCUCAAAUUGCUAAGCAUCAAGCAUACAAAGAUUUUUGAUAUUUCUGCUCUGAAAGGGAUGCUUUGUCUGCACACUCUACACAUUGAUCACACUUGUGUGUCUGAAACAUCCCUCUUGCAUUUGGCAGCUCACCCAUCAUUGUCAGUACUUGGUCUUGCAGGAAUACCAGUUAACAAUGGUAAUCACGUUCUUGAAAUUGUCUCAGGUCUAAAAUUGAGUCAUCUGACAUUAACUGGGCGCCACACAGUAACAGACAGCGGUCUGGAGUUCCUUGCCCGAUUAACCUUUUUAUCAGAGGUGGAUCUUACAGACUACACUGAGGUAACUGACCAGGGAGUUCAGUACCUUGCAACUCUGAGUAGAUUGAAGAAGUUGUCUCUUAGUAACACAAUGGUAACAGAUGCUGGCUUGUCCAACCUCGCAAGGCUUCUUGAGCUUGUAGAGCUCUGUCUGGAUCGUACUGCGGUGACCAGCAAAGGGGUUGCUCGAUGUGUAAUGAGAUUGCCUCACCUUCAAGUUCUUGGACUCGCUAACACACAAGUGGGUGAUAAUUUAUUGAAGCUGGGACUGAUUCACUGCCAGCAGUUAGUGAAGAUCAAUUUGAGCCACACUCGCAUCACUGACAAAGGACUCAAGUACCUCCGAUUGAUAAAGUUAACCCAGGUGAAUUUGGAUAAUACAGGCAUUACUCCAGCCGGAUUGUCCAAUCUGAUUUCUUCUUGUCCUGAUAUCACUAAUAUCCGAGCGAAGAACCUGCAAGUUUUACCACAAGACCAGAUCUCUGAUGAUGAAGCAUCUCAAUGAAACUGGGUUGAUAAGGACAGUCUGAUUUUGGUAACUUGGGUCCAUUUCUUGCCUGUCUCAAAUACCUUUGGCAGAAGAUGCCAAUGCAGCAUGUGUUCAAGUUAUUGAAUGGUCCCACCAGGCUCAAUCUCAAUUUACUGCUCAAAUUAUAGCAUUGAAGCAAGGCACUGGCUUCCACCCGGCUCUUGAUUCUCCAACUUGUGCAGUAUUAAAACAUUAAAUUGCAAGUAAUUGAAAUUACUGCACAGAAUGAAAAAUUAAAUGCUUGCAGCCUACGCUGACUAUUAAUCAGAGUUUCAUCUGCAGGUAUUUAAUCCAUCUAAUUGCAAUGUUAGCGUAAAAUACACUGCAGAUCUCCCGGCACCCUGUUAUUUUCCUGAUGUCCAGAACAGGAUGCCAAGCAAGCUGGCCAGCUUUUUAAAAUGACUGCAUUUCAGUAGCCGCAGUGAACCCCUUCAGUUGUAUGUGGUGUGAAAAAAGCCAGUAGUAAUGCAACAUACAAUCUUCUAAUUUAGAAUGCAUUUGUUCUUUGCUAUUUGCUAAUAUGACAUACAUUAAUUCUUUGUCUUCUUUUGUCUUUAAUCAAUUUUUAAUAUUAGCAUUGCUGAAAAAUGCUUACAUCUUGGCCUGGUUCUCGUCUUUCAGGUUGGUCUGCAGUGGAGUUAACUUGCUGGUCCUGCUAGAAGGGGGAGCUGCUUUCCAAGUUCUGCAUUAAGUCUGCUCAGCAUAUUCAAGCUUUGCAUGUCACAUAACACAUUACUAUGAAUAUCUCUUUAGCCUUUUUAAUGUCAUCUGCUCUUAUUGAUUUUUAUUUAGUUGUCUGCUAAGCCCAUUAUUUGUCUGUGCCGUAAUUUAGGCAACACAUUAAUGUGCAAAAACAGUUUGUAUACUGCGUGCGUCCAAGACGCGGCAUCAGCAGUCCUGCUGAGAGCCAUGGAUAUUUAAAGUCAAAGUCUGAAUGCUAAUAAAGGUCUUGGAGAGAAUUCAUAUUCUGAUUUAGAGGGUUUGUUCUUUAGAGACCUAUUAAUAUAACUUAAACCUCUCUAAAUGUUUGAGCAUGUCUGCCACCUAUAAAAUUAAUAACAUCCUGUGAGCAGUUUAAAUUUAAAUCUGUAAAUUGAUUUAAUACUCUUCAUUUAUCACCUUGUCUUCCCAAACCUGAAUAUUACUCAGAGUUUCAUCUGAAUGGACUUUAACUGCUAAAACCUCUGCUACUGACCUCUGUGGGAGUCCACUCGUGACGUCUAACGCUUACUCCAGCAUUGCACAGCCUGACUGACUGAAUCCUUGCCUCUUGUUUGAUGGCCAGAAUGUUCAAGUCUUCUGAUAAAUAAUGUUAUGGACGCCGCACUUGUAAGCAGUCACACCUAAAAGUCUUCCAGUGAAUUUAAUUUUUAUGUCAAGACUGAGAGUAUUUCUCUUUUGCAUGUGUUUUCUGAACUAAAGACAUCAGUUUUUUCUUUUUUUGGACUUAAUCCUUUUUAACUGAGCAAGUUGAAAAUAAGGACAUGGAAAUCAGCACCUUCUGUUGGCAGCAGAGCAGCUAGCAAAUAUUUUUAACCUACAUGGUCUCUUAAUUACAUCUUCCAAUAUGAAAAUAAUAGCAUCUAUCUAUCUAUCUAUCUAUCUAUCUAUCUAUCUAUCUAUAUAUAUAUAUAUAUA